AUGGGUAAUCUUAUUAUUAAACCCAAAAAAAGAAAAUUAUUGCUUAACCAAACCUCGCAAAGUUCAUUCAGCAAUAGACCAAUUAUAUUCAGAAGGGAAGGUGAACGCGAGAGCUUUGAAGUUUUCCAAACUUAUCAAAUGAUUGAUGGACGCGUUUUUCGGAUGGAUAAUAAACGAUAUCCUAUGCCUUGUGAUGCUCCAGAAAAAAAGCGUCUUCAUAUGCAACAUUAUAUAUUUAAAGAAGUGUGGAAUGGUAAUUUCUCGUCUCCAAUACAUGAAAGGUUAAAGCAAGGAAUGAGAGUCCUUGAUUCUGGUUGCGGAGUAGGUAGUUGGACUCUCGACAUGGCUAACGAAUAUCCUGCAUCAACAUUUGUGGGUGUCGAUGUAAUUGAAGUGGCACCAAUCAAUAUACGACCCUCAAAUGCCGAGCUUCUUCAAUUCAAUUUAUUAAAUGGGAUACUAUUUCCAAAUGAAACUUUUGAUUUCAUAUAUCAGCGAUUCUUAUGGGCAGCUUUUACUGAAAGCCAAUGGAUAACAUUAGUAGAUGAAUUAAUAAGAGUUACAAAAACAGGCGGAUGGAUAGAAUUGACGGAAUUCCAAGCAAAAAUUUAUAAUCCUGGUCCAAUCGCUAAAAAAUUAAGUGAUGCUGCACAGCAACAUUUGAGUUUAAACGGAAUAAAUCCCAAAAUUCAUUUACAAAUCCCAAAAAUUAUGGCAGACACAAAUAAAUUCACAUCAAUAGAAAGCAUUGAAAAAAUAAUUCCGCUUGGAAACUGGCAGGAAACAUCACGGGGAAUAAAGGUACUUGAAACUAUCGCAGGAGGAUUAAAAUCUUUACAGGUCGCAUUGAAAAUGGUGUUGGGUGUUGACAAUUACGAAUAUGAAAAAAUGCUGAAGCAAUUUAUUGUAGAAGGAUCAAAGUAUAAAAUGUAUAUAAAGGUAUUCUGUUUUUAUGGCAUGAAAGCAGAAACAAGUGAAACUCAAUAA